AUGCGCGAUGGGUGGGACGCGCUCGAGCCGUUUAAGGGCCUGCCGAAGCCGAAACGGCAGUUCGGCAACGAGGCGGCGGAGGUCGUUUGGCCGUAUGCGCUUUUGCUGGAGCGCGUCGUGAAGGUGCACCCGUUCACCAAGUCCAUCUACGUCUACUACAGCCAGCGGCAGGGCACUGCACUCGGCAAGCUCGCAACGGAGGUGGCAAAGGGGUUCGCGCGGGAGUUCCUCAUCCCCAUCACCUUCCACAACUCGCAGGUGUACGUGGAGACGGAGAUGCUACUGGAGUACAACGAGACACCGUGGGUGGUGGUGCACGCCCUCGACGGUGAGCAGCGCGUGUUGCCGGUGUGCCCAUCGGAGGACACGCCCGUCGAGACCGCUGUUGCGCAGCUACUCCGUGACGUUGUGCACGCGUGCGAAGCGCUUGGCGCCGCGGUGUCGAACCCGCGGGAGGUGACGCGCGCGUUGAACGAGCGGCCGCUGCAGAACCAGUACGUGCGCGUCAACUACCAGUGGUUCGGUGACACGCCGGAGGAGCGGGCAAGCCACCUGGUUAAGUGGGACUUCGAGCCGGCGGAGGUGGAGCCGGUGAUGCGGGAACGCACGCGCCACGUGCUGGGCUGGCUGAACCACGACGGCAACCUACCCAACCACAACUCAGUGCGCGUCAACGUGUUUAGGGAGCGGGCGCGACAGCGGAGCCCGCGAACGGUGAGCGGACCAAAGACAUUCUACAACUCUGCCGGAUCCCGCGCCAACGCGCGCUCCUCGCGCUUCGGUGGCCAGUCGGCUGUAGGGAAGUGA